AGUAAUUUCCAUUUCGUAGAAUCAAAAACCCUCUUCUCUCCUCUCUGCUUAUCUCUCUCACGUACUCCUUUCGUUAAUCCCUUUCGACCUCACUCGUUAACUCGCUCUCUCCGUUUCGGUGCCGCAAAAUUCCUCCCGGCGGGGUCAAUUCCGAUAUCUCGAAAUUUCCUACCAAUUUGCAAGGGUUCAAUUCAACAGUUUUGAAUAACAAGGUUAGGUAUCAUGGCUAACCCAUCUGGUACUGGCAACCAUCAGGAACAACAUACUCAUGUCAAUCCUUCUAAUUUCAACGGCAAUUCCGUACCGGAGAGCUCUUCAGGUAUUGUCAUGAACAUGAAACAUAAUCCUGGAAUUUCUCUUGACUGGACGCCUGAAGAACAAACCACUCUCGAAGAUGGACUCUCCAAAUAUGCCUCAGAAUCUAACAUAGUGCGAUAUGCAAAGAUAGCCCAACAGUUAAAUAACAAGACAGUCCGGGAUGUAGCUCUGCGUGUCAGGUGGAUGAAUAAGAAAGAAAAUAGCAAGAGAAGGAAGGAUGAUCACAAUUUGUCCCGAAAAAGUAAAGAUAAAAAGGAAAGGGUUUCUGAUCCCGCAGCAAAAUCGUCUCAAUUUUCUGCUCGACCCAAUGUUCCUCCAUAUGCACCACCAAUGAUUACAAUGGACAAUGAUGAUGGCAUCCCAUAUGCAGCAAUUGGAGGUCCUACUGCUGAGCUAUUAGAGCAAAAUGCACAGGCCUUGAGCCGAGUCUCUGCAAACAUUUCCUCUCUCCAGAUACAGGACAACAUCAAUCUUUUGUGCCAAACUAGAGACAACAUCAUUAGAAUAAUGAAUGAGAUGAACGAUACACCUGAGGUGAUGAAGCAAAUGCCGCCUCUUCCUGUGAAGAUGAACGAAGAACUGGCAAAUUCCAUACUUCCACUUCCAAGAACACCGCUCCAGCCUCAGUCAUGAUGUUUUUUAUUCAUCGUUAACUGGCUUGCCUAUUCAUUCUUUCUCUCUGUGACCCAAGAUUUACUCUUGGAAUAUAGAAGAAAGAAUGAAUAAUUGUUGAUAAUCCGUCAAGUUGAAUUAGUUUUCAUAAUUUUUUUCCCUUUCAAAUGUUAGAUGUCUUGUUCCCUUGUUUGGCUCUAACUUAGUACUACAAUAGGAAUUAUUUUGUAUUCAUGGUAAUAAUAAUUUAUUUAAAUUUAAGCAAUAAGAGCAAUAAGUUGUGGUAUAAUUUUAUUUAACUUAUAAUACAUUUUAUCAUGCAUAUUGAUUCUAUCAAAUGGUACAUAU